UUGUUUCAUCUCUACUAUGAUGCUAAGCUAAUGCUAACUCUGAGAGGUUAGCUGAGGUUAUUGUCAUUUUCUAGCAUGCCAGCGUCCAGUGCUGACCACUCAGAGUGACUGUACUCUGACUUCCUGUUACCUCCUCCAGACCUGUUUACCUCCCGCAUUCGGCGUAAUAAAUUCCGCAAUUCAGUGUCCUAUUACACAGUUACGCAUAUCUGUAACUAAUUACGCUUUUCAAAACAGAUCUACGCAUUUCGCACUCGGUGUCAUAAAGAGUUAAUUCUGUAAUUCUGUUCGGUUUUCAGCCCGUUUUCACAUUAUUUCCACUCCAAAAACUCAUAAAGAACUCAAAAAAAGCGCUUCAGAGCAGCUCCAGUUGGCAGGGGGAGACAUAGAUAUAUAUCUAUGGGGGGACAGACCAGCUGCAGCUGCAGCCGGAGCCGACGUGUGAAAAGUCACACAACCGCGCUCACAGAGGCUCUAUUUAUAUUCUGCUAUCCAGCAGCUCAUUGGCUACCAGGCCUGUCAGUCAAAAGCUUUCUCCGACGUGAUUUGCUCAGAAUUUACUGACGAAAUUGAGGUAGGUCCAGAUCUGUCAGUCUCUGCGACGGUUGGCUGUUUAGGCCUCGGAGGCAGGCCAGAGUCAGUUGAUUGGUUGAAAUGCGGCGUAAACCAAGAGGAUACAGUUCAGCCGCCAUUUUGACUCCAAAACAGCGGAUUUCUCUGUGCUUCAUAAAAAUAUGGACAUAAAUACAGUGAAUAUGAAACGAGCAGCGCCACCAUGUGCUGUGUGUGCACGGAGCCGAGCUAUUUGUGGAUUAUUUACUUAUUUCAAGACAUGUUUGGACAAAAUAUUAUACUUGAUAGUGUUGUCUGGAUGCUUAAGCUUGGAUUCUGGCCGGUUUUUGUUGAUUAUUUUCAUCUUUGACCAGUAAAAGAGCGUCCAAAGGAGAUGGCAGUCCGAGCUCUGAAGCAGACAGGAAGCAGGAACAUCGAAGCAGCUCUGGAGUACAUCAGUAAGAUGAGUUACCUGGAUCCUCGCAAUGAGCUCAUCGUCCGUGUCAUCAAGCAGACCUCACCAGGUAAAUCUGGUCUACCAAACCCUCUGGACCACCGGCCCCCGUUGGAGGCUUCAGGUGAGGCGGCUGCUAUGGCUCCGUACCACCAGAUGGGGGCGCCGCUGUACGAGGGGGCAGCAGGUUACGGUCCUGAAGGUGAGAUGUCCAGAACCUACCUGAGCGCUCCUCCUGUGAUGAACUACAUGAUGCCUCCGUCUGGAGCCGCUCAGGGUCCGCCGAUGGGCCGGCCCCCCAGCAUGGGCUCCUACCCCCCAGUGAUGCCCCAGGGUAGCCCGGCCGGCACCAUGUUCCCCCCGGGGGCCCAACAGAAGGCCUACCCUGGCACCAUGGAGCAACACGGACCCAUGAUGAGCUACAACGUCCCGGGUCAGCCUCUGCAGCUCCAGCCUCAGCCUCCGGGCGGCGCUGGUCCACACUACGACUACGGCCACGCCCGGCCUCACCUGAUGGAGCCAGCGGCCUACGGAGUGAAGCGGACCAGCUCCUUCCAAAACAAGAUGGCUCCGCCCCCCAUGGCGCCACCAGACAACUACGUGGGCAUACAGGGUAAAGCUGUUCUGGGUCAGAACGGACCUGGACCAGGAGGAGGAGGGUACCCCGCCAACCUGUACCUGCCCCCCCACUCCCACCCCCGACAGGCCAGCCCCACCUCCCACCAGGUCCACCUCAUGUCCCGGUCCCCCGGCGGGGUGGCGGCCAUCGGACCAGACUUCUCGGACCUUCCUCAGGGCCUGAUGACUCCCUCCAGAGCCAGCCUGAACCUGGACCUGUACGAGCACCACUGGGCUGGACCUCCAGGCCCAGAAGGAGCCCCUCCGGCCCGGCAGCCUCAGCCCCAGGGUCCAUUCAGAGGGGAGGUCCGGGUCCCCAGCAGAACCAACUCCUUCAACAGUAGGUCUGCCGGUCCAAAUGGUGUCCGGCCUGCGAUGACGGCGCCGCCUCCGGCCGGGAAACAGGAUCCAGCACUGGGCCCCCCGAACACCAUCACGGCUGUGACGUCUCCACCCAUCCAGCAGCCGGUGAAGAGCAUCCGGGUGAUGAGACCAGAACCAAAGACAGCGGUGGGUCCAUGUCAUCCGGGCUGGAUGGCUCAGGAAGCAGCAGAACCUCUGGGCUUCAUGCCGGAGGAGACCUUCUCCCUGGAACCAGCUCAGGAGCCCCGCUGCCCUCCGCCUCCGUACCCCAAGAACCUGCUGCUGUCUGGGGCCGCCGAGCCAGCAGCUCUGGACGGAGCCAUGUGUGGAGCUCCAGACCUGAGCAGCUCCACGGCCAGAAGCUCACCUGGAGGUGGGAAGAUCGAGGAGAACCAGCAGGUGAAGGAGAAGACAAAGAUGGGAAAAGGAGAGAAAGCGGUGAAGGACAAGAAGCAGAUCCAGACAUCUCCGGUUCCUGUGAGGAAGAACGGACGAGACGAAGAAAAGAGGGAGUCCCGGAUCAAAACCUACUCACCGUUCGCCUUCAAGUUCUACAUGGAGCAGCACAUUGAGAACGUGAUGAAGACCUACCAGCAGAAACUGAACCGCCGGCUGCAGCUGGAGCAGGAGAUGUCCAAGGCCGGCCUGUCGGAGGCUGAGCAGGAGCAGAUGAGGAAGAUGUUGAACCAGAAGGAAUCCAACUACAACCGACUCCGACGAGCCAAAAUGGACAAAUCGAUGUUCGUUAAGAUCAAGACUCUGGGCAUCGGAGCUUUCGGUGAAGUUUGUCUGACGCGUAAAGUGGACACCGGAGCUCUGUACGCCAUGAAGACGCUCCGAAAGAAAGACGUCCUCAACCGGAACCAGGUGGCCCAUGUCAAAGCAGAGCGGGACAUCCUUGCAGAGGCCGACAACGAGUGGGUGGUCCGUCUUUACUACUCAUUCCAGGACCGGGACAGCCUCUACUUCGUCAUGGACUACAUCCCUGGAGGGGACAUGAUGAGCCUGCUGAUCCGGAUGGGCGUCUUCCCAGAACCUCUAGCUCGGUUCUACGUGGCCGAGCUGACGCUGGCCAUCGAGAGCGUCCACAAGAUGGGCUUCAUCCACCGCGACAUCAAACCCGACAACAUCCUCAUCGACCUGGACGGACACAUCAAGCUAACGGACUUCGGUCUCUGUACCGGCUUCCGCUGGACCCACAACUCCAAGUACUACCAGAAAGGCAGCCACAUCAGACAGGACAGUAUGGAGCCCAGUGAUUUCUGGGACGACGUCUCCAACUGUCGCUGUGGCGACCGGCUGAUGACUUUGGAGCAACGAGCCAAUCGGCAGCAUCAGCGCUGCCUGGCUCACUCUCUGGUGGGAACACCCAACUACAUCGCUCCAGAGGUGCUGCUGCGCAAAGGCUACACUCAGCUGUGUGACUGGUGGAGUGUUGGGGUGAUCCUGUUUGAGAUGCUGGUUGGUCAGCCUCCCUUCCUCGCUCCGACGCCCACAGAGACCCAGAUCAAGGUCAUAAACUGGGAGAGCACCCUGCAGGUCCCAGCUCAGGUGAAGCUCAGUCCAGAAGCUGUCGACAUCAUCGGCCGGCUCUGCUGCUCCGCCGAGGACCGUCUGGGCUCCAACGGCGCCGGAGAGAUCAAGGCUCAUCCCUUCUUCUCUCAGACCGACUUCUCCAGCAACCUGCGGCAGCAGCCGGCGCCGUACCGGCCCAAGAUCGCCCACCCCAUGGACACGUCCAACUUCGACCCGGUGGAGGAGGAGGGCGGCGCCGGCUGGAGCGACAGCGGUGACGGCAGCCGGGCCCUGGACCUGCUGUGCUCACCGCAUGGGAAGCAUCCGGAACACGCCUUCUAUGAGUUCACCUUCAGACGCUUCUUUGACGACAACGGAUGCCCCUUCAGAUACCCAAAACCACCCGAGGCCUAUGAUGGACCACCAGGCCAAACUGGGACCACCGGGACCUCCGGGACCACCGGGGUGGAGCCUGAGGAGGAGGAGGAGGUGGAGGAGGAGGAGGAGGAGGAGGAUGAAGAUGAGGAGGAGGAGGCAGAGCAGGGGGAGGGAUGUGAACCGGUUUAUGUUUAGAUCAGUCAGGUCUGCUGAAGCUGCAGAUGGAGGAACGGCACCACCUGGUGGACCAACAAGAGAAGCUCUGAGCAGCUUCCAGAUGUUCUCCUGGUUCCUGCUCUGGUCUUCGAGCCCAGUCUCACGGGGAUUCGUGAAACUGUCACGUAAGUUUUAGUUUCGGUUUCGUGCGCACCAACACGAUUUCGUCAUGUUUUUCGUGCCGCUCACCACGAAAUGCGCACCAAUGUAUUUUAAACGGCGGACUUUUCGUGCCACUCAGAACGUAUUUCAAAAGAAUGUGUAUAUUAUAUUUUUAAAGUAAAACCGUGGCGAAUCCAACGCUAUAUUUUGCAUGACAUCGUUCCUAAACAUAACCCUAACCAUAACCCUAACCAUAACCUAACCAUAAGCCGGUGGAACACUUACCAAUUUGCAUAGGAAUUUCAAGAAUGUCCGGUGGCCGGCGGCCGCAAACGCGAUCACACAAGCAGUAUACGCCGAUGGACAGCUUAGAUCGUCAUGAAUCCGCCGGUAUAAACCACUUUCAGCUGUGAUUACCCCAGCGAAAAACAUUUCGUGGUGAGCGGCACGAAAAACAUGACAAAACCGUGUUGGUGCGCACGAAACCGAAACUAAAACUUGCGUGACAGUUUCACGAAUCCCCGUGAGACCGGGUUGGGUCUUCAGAGGUUCUGAUCCAUCUGAAGCUGCUUUAGUCUCCUAACAAUCAGGAUCCAGGUUCCUCUGUGCUGCUGCUUCAUAAGCUCCAAACAUCCCCUCAGUUAUCAGCUUCAGCUCAGCAACAACGACAACAACAACAAUCAGAACAGCAACAACGACAACAACCACAAUCAGAACAGCAACAACGACAACAACAAUCAGAACAGCAACAACGACAACAACAACAAUCAGAACAGCAACAACGACAACAACAACAAUCAGAACAGCAACGACAACAACAACAAUCAGAACAGCAACAACCACAAUCAGAACAGCAACAACGACAACAACAAUCAGAACAGCAACAACGACAACAACAACAAUCAGAACAGCAACGACAACAACAACAAUCAGAACAGCAACAACCACAAUCAGAACAGCAACGACAACAACAAUCAGAACAGCAACAACGACAACAACAACAAUCAGAACAGCAACAAUCAGAACAGCAACAACGACAACAACAACAAUCAGAACAGCAACAACGACAACAACAACAAUCAGAACAGCAACGACAACAACAACAAUCAGAACAGCAACAACCACAAUCAGAACAGCAACAACGACAACAACAAUCAGAACAGCAACAACGACAACAACAACAAUCAGAACAGCAACAAUCAGAACAGCAACGACAACAAUCAGAACAGCAACGACAACAAUCAGAACAGCAACAACAACAAUCAGAACAGCAACGACAACAAUCAGAACAGCAACAAUCAGAACAGCAACAACAACAAUCAGAACAGCAACAAUCAGAACAGCAACGACAACAAUCAGAACAACCACAAUCAGAACAGCAACGACAACAAUCAGAACAACCACAAUCAGAACAGCAACAACAACAAUAACAACCACAGCAACAACAACCACCCCUCCAGUCUGUCUCUGUUCAGCAGCAUUUAGUUUCAUGUUUUCUGUGUUUCUGUGUUCAGUUUCAAAGAAGAAAAACCAGACAUCUGCUGCAGGUCCAUGUUCUAAAGAUCUUCUGCUGCUUUGUGGUCCUCAAGUCGCCUCCAAAUAAUCCUUCAAAGUUCUAAAGAUCUGAUCCCAGACGGAACCUCUGCAGCGUUGAUCUUCUCAGCACCAGAACAGAACUGAUCAGACUAAAGAGUGAAAGCGUCUGUUUGUUUAUUUUUAGAUCAAUAGGAGAAAAAAUCAACAAACAGAAUUCAGAGGAACCAGAACCUUUAAUAAAGAAGCAGAAGAACCCAGUCGGAGCUGAAGCAGCCAAACACUUGGACUAUGUGCAAUAAAAAAAAGCCAACAUUUCUAGUUUUCUGAACACUUCAUAGCUCUAGUUGUGUCCACAUGUACCAGUUUCAUCUACUUCCUGUCAGUCCAACAUGCUGCUUAUUAAUGAGGUUCACAUUAUUACUUUGUAUUAUUCUGGUUUAUCGUCUAACGAGAACAAUCUGCAGUCUGACAGGAACGAGGUGAGGAAGAUGAUGAUGAUGGUGGUGGUAAGGAUGAUGAAGCAGAAGCUUCUCCUCCUCCUGCGGUUGGGCUGGUUCUGCUGCAGGAGGUUCUGAAGGUUCUGGUCCAGAAAGUGACGGAGAUGAAAGAAAAGUAAAUCCGGUUCGUCUUCAGGAAAUGAAAUAAAGACUGAGCAACGUUUUGUUCUCCAACCUUAAAGACUCACUGUUUGUUUGGUACAUGUUCUAGUAUUUAUCCAAAGUGUUCUGACUCGGUUCUGCAGCUCUGGGACUCUUUGAUCCAGAACAGAGUUUCUCCUCGACAAUCAGUAAAGUUCUGUCCAGCAGCGUUCCUCUGACCGACCCAGAUGUUAGAACUCCAGCUGACACAAGUUUGUUUUCACGUUUCUCUAAAUGUGCCUUUGAAUUCUUAUUUUACCUUUGAUCUACAGAUGUCUGUUCUGGUUCUGGAGUGUUCUGGAACCUCCUGACUGUGUUCACAUGUGGUCAGCCAGGGCCAGGGCCAGGUCCUGGUCCUGGUCCUGGUCCUGGUCGGGUGAUAAAGCAGAACAACAGACCAGAUUGUUCUGGUGGUUCUGAGAUGUUUUAGGUUCUUUUGGAUGGAGCUGGUUCUGCUCAGGUUCUGUUUCACUGAUGAAGCUGCUUCUAUCAGCGAGUUCUCACAUUUAAAGUUUCACGCCAGAAACUGAAUUUGUCGACACAAAGUGAAAGAAGCUGCUUUUGUUGUUCUGAAGGCGUUUGAUGGUUGAACUGAACUGAAACCAGUUUAGGUUCCUUCAUGUGAACACAGUCGGAGAUAAACUCAGCUCUGAAACAGCUUCAUGUGGUUUCAGACGUUUCAACAGUCGUUGACCUUCUCAACAAGAUGAACCUGAACAUUAGCUUUAAACUCAGAGCUGCUCAGAGGGUUUCCUGGAAGUUUCCUGAAAGUUUUCUGGAGGUUUCCAGGAAGUUUCCUGGAAAUGUCUUGGAAGUUUGAUGGAGGUUUCCCAAAAAUUUUCUGAAAGUUUCUUGGAGGUUUCCUAAAAGGUUCCUGGAAGUUUUUUGGCUGUUUCCUGGAAGUUUCCUGGAACUUUCUUGGAGGUUUCCUAGAGGUUUCCUGGAAACUUCUUGAACAUUUCGUGGAGGUUUCCAGGCUGUUGACUGACAAUCUGACUGAUGUUUCCUGACGUGUAUUUUCUCUUAUUUUGUAUUUUUACCGAGGAUUCGCUGUUCGUCUCCUCAUGUCUGUUACUGAAUUUAUAUUUAUACAGAUCUACAUAUUUUUUGUAUCUUUCCUUUUUCCAGUUUUCUCGUGCUCAUGUUAAGAACUCUGCAGUAUUAUCGAUGUCUUUGGACAGUUUUCUCUUUUUUUACAUUCGUGUAUGAACUGAGAAUUUGUAAAAAAAAAAAAAAAAAAAAAAAGCUUUUCCUGUCCUUGAGUGUAAAAUGUCUGUAUAAAUUAAAUUAACCAACUCCUGA